AUGGCUUAUAUUAACAAACCCAUCCAUCUUCCGAUCCCAAUUCUGCUUCUCCUUGCUCUGUUUUCUCCCAUCCUGGGUGUUGAAUCCCACUCCCUCUCCGGCUCGAAGCUUGCCGAAUCUGUCUGUCGGAAGAGCUCUAACUAUGCCUCAUGCAUCAAAACCCUUGAAUCCGACCCGAAAAUGGCAGGGGCAGGGGACGUCAAGUCCCUGGCCACGAUCGCCAUGGACCAUGCGAAAAAGCAGUCGGUGAUGUUGACCAAUAUGUUCAAUGAGAUGGAGAGGAAACACGGCACGAGCCAGAAGAUUCAGGAUGCGCUCAAGAUGUGUGCCUUCGAUUUCAAGGAUGCAAAGAUCUUCUUCAACCCUCGAGGGCUUGGGGACAUGACCAUGAGCCUUGACAUCCACUCAGCGUUGGACAAUUACCAGAAUUGCAAGAGUUUGAUGAAGCGAAAUGCGGAUUUCCAGAAGGUGGCCCCCGAGCUGCGAAAAUGGAGGCAUUUGUACAUGAUCGUCAAUGGGGCAAUUUUGCAGGCGGAGGAUGAUUCGGGCGGUGAAUCUGAUGAUAUCGGUGACAGCACUGUCGACGGCAGCAGCGGGGGAGGCGGAGGAGGUGGAGGGGGAGGAGGAGGAGGAGGUGGCGGUGGCGGAGGAGGUGGUGGAGGCGGUGGUGGUGGUGGUGGAGGCGGCGGCGGUGGAGGAGGAGGAGGCGGCGGAGGUGGCGGUGGCGGAGGGGGAGGCAACAGUGGUGGUAUCGGGCUUCCUCCUUUAGAUUUACCGUGA